UUUGUGAAGGUAAAUACAUGGGGAAAUGUUGUGUAUGAUGAAUAUGUUCGCCCGUUGGAAUACAUUGUUGAUUUUCGAACUAAGAUCAGCGGGAUUCGACCCCGAAACUUGAAAAAAGCAAAAGAAUUUUCUGCUGUUCAGAAAAAGGUUUCUGAAUUGAUCAAAGGAAGAAUCCUUGUAGGACAUGCUUUGCACAAUGAUUUAAAGGUGCUAUUAUUGAGUCAUCCCAGAAGGGAUAUUAGAGAUACUGCAGAAUAUCAGCCCUUCCUCAGGAAAGGACGCAGGAGAGCUCUCAGAGAUCUUGCAGCUGAAAUUCUCGGCGUCAAAAUUCAGCAAAAGGAGCACUGCUCUGUAUGUGAAAUCCUACAUUUUAAA